GUGAGGAGCGGAGGUGGCUCCUACUCCAUCAGUCAGUCCAGUCAGUCAGGGCAAAGUGGCUCCCUUCCUGGCUGCCUUCCUUCGGCGCUUUGCUCUGCCCGACGCACCGGGCAGCCCCCUUCCCCCCCUCAACUUCCCCUUGUUUUCCCGGCAGCCGGGAAGGGAAGCGCCCGGGGGGCUCCGCGGCUGGGCCGGGCCGGGCCCUGAAGCGAAAAGAGAGAGACGGAAAGACAGACAGGCUCAUGCUGCUACAUAAGAAAUUAGGAAACUCUGAAUGCAGAAUAAAAACCAAGAAGCAAAAAUGUAAUAGAAGAACCUAGUACCCAGUUAUCACAGAAGAAGGAGUAAAACUUCAAGUGAGAAAAUAAUAAGAAAGAAGAUAAUGUUCUUGGCAGUCCUGCUGGAUGUUACAUGCUGACACCUUCUUCAUUUCAAGGAGAAACCAUUUGCUUGCCGUAUUAUGCCUGCAGACAAAGUAAUGUACAAUGAAGACGGAAAACACAACGUACAAAAACUGACUUUUGCCUAUAAGGUGACCGCCGAGACUUCAUGACCCUUCUUUAAAAAGAAGCAGACUCUGCAAAGAUGUUACAUCACCAUUGCCGGAGGAACCCUGAGCUACAAGAAGAGUUGCAGAUUCAGGCAGCGGUGGCCGCCGGGGAUGUCCAUACGGUGCGCAAAAUGUUAGAGCAGGGCUACUCUCCCAAUGGCCGAGAUGCUAAUGGCUGGACCUUGCUCCAUUUUUCAGCAGCGAGAGGGAAGGAAAGAUGUGUCCGUGUGUUUCUUGAACAUGGAGCGGAUCCUACAGUGAAAGACCUGAUUGGCGGCUUCACUGCUCUACAUUACGCAGCUAUGCAUGGCCGAGCCCGGAUCGCACGCCUAAUGCUGGAAUCCGACUACCGUGUUGAUAUUAUUAAUGCAAAAAGCAACGACGGUUGGACUCCCCUGCACGUGGCAGCUCAUUAUGGAAGAGACUCCUUUGUCCGACUCUUGCUGGAGUUCAAGGCUGAAGUCGAUCCGCUGAGUGACAAAGGUACUACACCACUUCAGCUUGCCAUUAUCCGCGAACGGUCCAGCUGUGUCAAAAUCCUCCUAGAUCACAAUGCCAAUAUUGACAUUCAAAAUGGCUUUCUGUUACGCUACGCUGUGAUCAAAAGCAAUCACACUUAUUGCCGGAUGUUCCUUCAGAGAGGAGCGGAUACGAACUUGGGGCGCUUAGAAGAUGGACAGACGCCGUUGCACUUGUCUGCUCUUAGGGAUGAUGUACUUUGUGCGCAGAUGUUGUACAAUUAUGGCGCGGAUACCAACACAAGGAACUAUGAAGGACAGACUCCGUUGGCGGUUUCAAUAAGCAUAUCUGGAGGUAGCCGGCCUUGUUUGGAUUUCUUACAGGAAGUAACAAGGCAGCCUCGGAACUUGCAAGAUCUCUGUCGAAUUAAAAUCCGCCAGUGUAUAGGCCUUCAAAACCUCAGACUCCUUGACGAGCUACCGAUUGCCAAGGUCAUGAAAGACUACUUAAAACACAAAUUUGAUGACAUCUGACAAUUUGCAAGAGCUGGACAAAUAAGCAGGAUUAGUUUUUAUUCCAGAUACCUUUCAAAGGCUGGUCACCUUGCACAACGUAUAUCCUAUGCAAUUUCUGAUUUUUUUGUGUGUGUUUUUUUUCCCCUGAGAAGUCAGAAGGCAGGUAUACAAUUCCUUUUGGGGGGCAGGCGGGCGGGCAGGUGGAGGGGGCCCUGUUUUAUACCAAAAUGCUAGGAGGUCUUAAAUUUUUUUUUGAAUUCUUGGUCCAAGUUUACAAGAUUCAAGCUUUCUAUACAACGUUACAAAUGAGGGGGGGGGUGGAG